UUUACUGUCAAACACUCACACCACCUGUCCGUCUCUCCUCCAGUUGGACUUCCGGACGCCGCCGGGUUUCGACCGGACGCGUAACACUGAGAUCGGUAACAAGGACAUCAAGCUGAAACACCUGGAGGAGGCGUUCACCUCAGAACACUGGCUGGUCCGGAUCUACAAGGUCAAGAAGGAGGAGAACAGGGAUCCCCUGGUGCACAGCCCCCGCAGCAGCAGCAGCAGCAGACAAAAGUACACCUCUAAAAAGACGGCGAAGAGGAAGCGUGGUCAUGUGAAGAACAAACUUGCCCUCAAGAAAGGCAAGAAACCGAGCAACAGGAAAUCAGUUUAACCAUAAAAACGACCACAAAGGCGCUACGAGAGAGAGAGAGAGAGAGAGAGAGAGAGAGAGAGAGAGAGAGAGAGAGAGAGAGAGAGAGAGAGAGAGAGACAGAGAGACAGAGAGACA